AAGGGGCGAGAGCCUCGUGGCCGCAGCGACCGAUUAAUUUUCUACAAAGGGGCUGCGUAUCUCGCAUCGAGCCCUCGACAGGCCCCUCUAAACCCACCUACGGUCCCUACUGCCAACGGCGUCCGUGCUUUCAGCCUCCUGCAGCCGAUGCUUUACGAAGGACGAGCCCUCCCUCCUCCAUCCCUAAAGUGGAUUGGCUAGACCCCCGAAAGGCCAUUGGCAGGGGAAAAUAUUUCUAUGAGUAUAAGAUCGCGACGCGACUAGAUUCGUACUCAGUCACCUUUGAACAGCUCUUACCAUCGUGUUGACUGUUAUAUUUGCGUGCGACGCAGUCUUACGCGUGGGACAGGAAGUAAAGUGCUAAGCGUCAAAUUUGGUUCAACAUUCUUCCCAAGAUGUCCAAGCCAAAGACCGUGGGCUUAUUUCAACCUUGGAAGGAUAAGGAGACAACGAACAAAGCUUCCGAAACCGUUGAUAGCGCGCUCCUCAACGUGUCGUAUGGCAGACAGGAAGACGACGAACAGGUCGUGUCCUCAACGACGUCGACAACUUUGACGGACACCGUCGACACGUCCGUCGACACGUCCGACGACCACGACGGCAAUGUCGUGGAUGAAGGAAGAGCUGCUCCGACGUCGUUAAUCGGUUUUCAUCGCACGCGGAUACGAGGAAGCGCGUCCUUCGACAACGUGGCGACCGGAACUGUGCCAUCCCUUACAGACGAGGACGAAGCUCUCGUCGGUGUCGUGCAAGAUGCGAGACGCAACUCACGUGCCUUUCACGCGCAGGCAUCAGUGGAUUCGACAGUUGCCGCGAUUCCCAUGCGGGGUGUGGAGGUGAACGCUUCCAGCGGUGUCAUUUCGCCCAAUUAUCUCUCGACGCUUAGAGAUUUUCGACCGUCGGAGCACUUUGCCUCGAUUAUCGCGGCGAAUUCGGACGCGGGACCGUGGUUUGUGAGCCCCGAACGCAUUCCCGAUAUUUCCAGGAUACACCCUAGUGUCUACGCUGGAAUACAUCCCGGGUUUCAGUCCGGCAUUUACCCCGGCAUCUUUCCUUUAAACCUUUACAAUCAUUCCAUGGAAGAGGCGGUGCAAAUGGUGCAUCGGCAGGAUGCAGUCGCUAAGGAGAUGAAGAAGAUGCGCCCGAAGAAACACAACUGCCCACAUUGCAGCAUGGCAUUCAGUAACGGCGGUCAGCUUACUGGUCACAUUCGCAUACACACUGGUGAGCGACCGUUCAAGUGCGACGCCGACUCCUGCGGGAAACGAUUUACUAGAAAUGAGGAACUUACGCGGCACAAACGAAUUCACACUGGCGACCGGCCUUACUCCUGCACCUUUUGCAAGAAGCCAUUCGGUCGCAAAGAUCACCUCAAGAAGCAUAUGAGGACUCACGAGUUACGCGAUUCGUAUCGCGUUUCGACAGCGGCAUUAGGCAUGUUCGCUUCUCUAAGUUACCCGUUUCAACAAACUACCGAGCAUUCGCCAUACCUCUAUCAUAUCUGACGUUGGAUCUCCGAUAGAGAAUCGGGCACGAGCACUUUGACAAUAAACAAAUUUAAUUUUUCUAAUGUUUACGUCACUUUGACAAUAAACGUGAAUUACCUCUCGACGCUUAGAGAUUUUCGACAAGCGUUUCGGAGGGAUUUACAUCGAUUAGGCGACUUAACGGACUGUGAACUCAAUACCCAUACAGCACAGAAAGUUAAAAUAAUGUUGCUGCAACGUUGCAAUGUUGAAUGUUGAAGUA